GCUCGACUCAUGCUAGCUUUAGCUGCCCCUACCUCUUGGGGGUCUGCCGUACCGAUGCUGUUUCUUUAGCGGGAUUUACGUGAGUCUAGCGGUUCGGAAAAACAGACCCGACCUCCUUCCCGAAAGGAAGUUCUGUUGAUGCAUCAGCCAUCGCUAUGGUGACCAAGAAAGUCCGAACAGAGUACAUGAAGAAGUUCCGGGAUCCCAAGUGGGAAACUUUCUCCAAAUGCUACGAGGACUCGCUCAGGUACCGCCUGACCCGGCGGGUCUUGGAGCACUCGCACAAGCCCUGGUUCUGGGAGGGCUGGGACAGUGGUUCUUUGCUGUCCAGCGGUCGCUCCACACCUAAAUCCGCAUCCUGGCCCGGUCGCAACCGGGUGUCGCCGCUGGUCGCCGUGGAUGAGGCAGACCAGGCGAGGUCUGGUUCCGAUGCCAGGCCACCGUCGGAGCGGGCUGAGGAGAUGGCGACGAAAGCAGCGACGACGGAGGCGGCGGCAACAGAGGUGACAGAGGUUGCGGACGUCGAUGCCACAGCACCAGCAGAAGAAGCUCCGACAGAAAAUGUAGUCUCAGCUCCUCCGAACAGCAGCAUUGAGCCGGACACCGACGACGGACCUCUGGAUCCCCCAGACUCGAACGGGGAUCCCGCCGAGCCAGCGCCAACACAGAGACGCCGCCACAACCCGUCUCACUCAGAGCGGGAACUCCAGAACGUUUCACCUGUCGACCUCAAAUCUCAACGGGCGAAAAGCCAACCACCUCCAGGAGGCGCCAACGACAACCUGUGGCGCCGGUGCAAUGACGCGUACUCCAGGAAAGCCGCCACGCCCAACAAUAAUGGACGUUGCGACGCCUGCGUGCAGACGACGAAAACGAGUCUUCGCCGACGCGCUCGCUCGGCCGACCCGGACAAGAUGAGACGCUCGCAGCAGCAUCGUUUGACCGCUUCCGCCACCACCGUCAUACCCGCGGUAACAACGGAUGAACGUUGGGUGACUGAGUACAUGCGGUGCUUUUCAGCACGACUCCGGUAGACCAGACCGACUCUAAAUAAAGCAACAUUUAUAUUUAAUAAAACAAAAUAGUCAUGGUCAUACUUGGGUUUUGUAACAUUAACAAAUGACAGGAAAGUUUUCCUACUAUUACCUUGUAGGUUGCAAUUGACGGCAAUAGACGUCCGAUCCAUUUUGACUUGGAGGGCUGAAAGCAAUCGUUCGAUCUAAUACUAAUAUGCAUAUAUAUGUUUGUGUGCAUAUG